AUGGGGCUCGCAUACAACACGUAUCUGAACAGCAACAAGAUCUACGGCUGCAAGUCAUGCAAGACGCAUCUCGCCAACCAUGAGGAUAUUAUUAGCAGGAAUUUCCGUGGCCAGCACGGCAAGGCGUACCUCUUCCACAACGUUGUCAACAUCGAUGCUGGCGAGCCCAACGAGCGUAACAUGACGACGGGCCGCCACCUUGUCCGCGACAUCACCUGCCGCCAGUGCAAGGAGACGGUGGGCUGGAAGUACGAUAAGGCUUACGAGAACUCGGAGAAGUACAAGGAGGGCAAGUUCAUCCUCGAGGCCGAGCUGCUCUGCAACGUCGCGUAG